AUGUCAUUCUCCAACUCGGGCGGGACGUUGGCUCUGCCAUCACCCACGCACGCCCAUCAGAUUGAUGUUUCUUCUGCCGUCCGCACCCUCCGCCGCUCUCUCUCCCGAUCACCAUCUAAGUUUCUCUCUCGCACAAGCUCUCAGAACUCCGACCACUCGCUGCCAGCUUCUCCCCGGACGCCUUCUAGACGCUUUGUGCUCACGCCGAAACACCAUCAUCGGCUUACUGCUGCCCAUCCGCACUCUGCGCCACCUGCCGCUGCUGCACUCGUGCAAUCCACAACGCCUUUGCAGUCCCCUGUCUUGACGCCACUACGUCCCAGUGUUCGACUGUCGCUGCGCAGCGCAAAGGCUACAAAAACCCUAUCGCCCGCCCGCCAACUCGCACGCCGCUCCUCACCCAAGAGUCCGAUCAAACGCAGCCUCAACACCACGUCGGAUUCCAUCAACUACGCCCGCCCCGCAACCUCCGCCUCUCCUCGACAUCGAUUUUCGCCUGGCCAGGAAAACGCACGCGGAAGCGCCGCCGUUCUCAAGAGUCUCGAUAAAAAACCUUCGCGCCACAGUCUUCAUCUCGACGUUUCUGGCUCCUCGCAAGCUGCCUUCCUCAAAGCCCUGGACCUAACGCCCGAAUACAUGGUUUCGACCACUGGUGCCCUCAAGCGCAGUGAUGCGACCAUGAAUCUGGAUCAUCCCAAUCAAGGCAGCCCAGUGGCCAAACGCCGCAGCAUGCACGGCAUCGCCACUUUUGGCAACCCCGAAGGCUUCAGCAUUUUUGGCAGCAACACUACCUCUUCUCAAAGUUUCGACAUUCACGAGGACACGCAUACUGAAUACGAGCUUUCAGCCAUGCCUGUCGCAUUUCACGGCGAUGCCCUCUCUUCUUCCGCUUCCUCCUCACCAUCCUCUUCCGUUCCCAAGCGUUCCUCAUCUCUCCGCAAAUCAACACUACAGCAGCGCUCUCUAGGCAGACGCACAGGUGAGCGCCAGCUUGCCCAAUUAUCUUCGGACCUCUCCACUCCCAGUAGAAGCAGGCCACGACUUUCUACCGACCACUUUGUGCCUCCUCAGGUACCUCGAGACAGUCCAUUCUCAAAUGUGACUCCUCUACCAAACCCGUCCAUGCACCCGCUGGACAGCAAAUUGCACCAACCUCACCCCCUCUCUAAAACUCUGACCACAUCUUCAUCCGGGAACAGCCUGACCGAGGAAGAGCCUGCUUUCCAGGCACCCCCCAAGCCCAGCUUUGAACGCUUUGAGCGGCCCAAGUCGCAUCCUUUCUCCCGCUCUCUCCCUGCCAACGCCACCCGUCCUACUGCGCGAUCCACCCAUGACCACACAAAGGCAGUGGCGACGCCAAACCACGCAAAUCUGUGGGUUGGCGCCUUCAACUCGACAGGCUUGAUUUCCAAGGUGAACCGCAACCCCGAGGAGGAGGCGGACAGAAAGUUCGCCCCGCCUGACACGCCGUGCAAGAAGCACGGCAACCCGUUUGCUACCUUUCCCCCUCAAGCAGGAAACGGCAUGAGGAAGCGAGGUAAUAGCAGAGGCUCCUUUGCUGGCAUACCCUCUACACCAUUUUCGGCUACACCUAUCCGUGCCCCGGACACAUUCGGCAAUCUCGCCAAGGGCAUGACCAUUUUCCAGCGCGGCCCAUCCGGGUUCCGUGCUCGUCGGGGCAGCGUCCUCAGCCUUGAUGGCGAGGAACGCACGCUGUUUGGCGGAAACACUGAUCUGACCAGCAGCUUGGACGCUGACAUUCCUCCAACACCCACCAAGAAUAGUUUGACCCCUAGCUUGAGCAACCUGAGUGAGCAGUCUCUGGAGAGCCCAAGUGCAAACCGUACCUUUGUGCUCCCUCCUCUCUCUGCUGUCAAACAGUUGCCUCCUCGAUCCUCGACCGCGUCUCCCAUCGAGAGACAGCGCACGCCCCAAACUCCACAGGAGGGCGUUCUGCCAGCUGAGAAGAACCGCCCCUCUCCCUCACAGAUCAACGAAGCCGCCGAAAGCUCCAUGCCGCCUCCCGUCACGCCCACUACCGCUAGAGACUUCCGCUCUUCCACCAGCAUAUUUGUAACUCCUGUCAAUGAUCGCAACAGCGACCUUGAUAUCGAUGCAAGCCUGUAUUCAAAGUUCGACAAGGUUGAACAGGUGGGCAAAGGUGAAUUUUCUACAGUCUAUCGCGUCACCAAGACGAACCGGGACCUAUUCUCCGGGUCUCUAUCUAUGACACCAGCACAUCUUGGCCAAAGCCCAACGAGGAGCCAAGUGUAUGCAGUCAAGAAGAGCAGGCACCCUUAUCACGGACUCAAGGACCAAGAGAUCAAGCUACGUGAGGCUCGUAUCCUUCAGGCCUUGUCCCAUGCCGAGCAUGUUGUACACUACGUUGACGACUGGGAGCACAAGUCCCAUCUUUACAUCCAGACGGAAUUUUGUGAAGAAGGUACUUUGGAAAAGUUCCUGGGUACUGUGGGUCGUGGUGGACGCCUGGACGAUUUCCGCAUCUUCAAGAUUCUACAGGACCUCUCCCUGGGUCUGAAGGAGAUUCAUGAUGCCGGUUUUAUGCACUUGGACAUGAAGCCCGCCAACAUUUUUAUCAACUUUGAGGGUGCUCUGAAGAUCGGCGAUUUUGGCCUCGCACAGGCCUGCUCUGCGAUAACCAGUGUAGAAACGGAAGGCGACAGAGAGUACAUGGCGCCCGAGAUGCUCAAGGGUCAGGUGGGCCAGCCGGCUGAUGUCUUUUCUCUUGGACUCAUCAUCUUGGAGGUCGCAGCCAACGUUGUGCUUCCACCCAAUGGUCCCACAUGGAUUGCUCUCCGGUCUGGAGACCUUUCGGAAGUCCCCAGCCUCACUUGGACGCCCUCCAAUGAGGUCAAGCGGGAUACCAGCGGCCAUCCUCUCGAAUUUGUGCACAGCAACGAAUUCUUGGCGAACAAGCACAGCAGAGGAAACGUUCCGAAAGCUUUCAAGAAUACUGAUACUGAUUUCAGCCAGCAGCCCUCCUUCAUGGUUGACGCCUUCCACCCAAGCUCUCUGGACUCUAUCGUUCGCUGGAUGACUGCUAAAGAGCCUAGCGACAGACCCCGCAUCGAUCAGGUUCUGGAGCUCGAGGGGCUGCAGUGGCUCGCUGAACAUCGCAACGCACCCGCCACCGUCUAUGAAGGAAGCUGGGGUCUGGAAGAUAUGCCCCCGGUGGCGAUUGCCUUUGACAGCGAUACCGAAAUGACAGACGUCUAA